UUCCACUGAAUUUCAUGCAACGUAAUGCGCGCCAUACGUCAAAAGGGAAAUAACUUGUACACUGCAACUACAAUAUGUCAACAAGCGGCAUUUGUUUUUGACUUGGAUUUGACCCAGUGGAACUUAAAACUGGAUGAAAUGGUGAUCGAAGACAAGUCCGAAAAAAGAAAGCAAUGGUUAUUUAUCCGUUUAUACCACUAGAGCAGCAAAAUUGAGUGAUAAUGUCUGGAAGUAACUGUGUGAUAUGCAACGAACCUUUGGAGAAUGGGCAAGUUCUGAUAACGAUAAGAGAAAAAGGUGCAAAAACAAUCAAUGAAGUAAGCAGCAAACAUAGACAUCAAAACGUAUUUGCUGUAGCCGGCCAAAUACUACACCAAGAAUGUCGAAAAAAAUAUACUAAUGCUAAAGAGAUUCAGAAAAUUGGUAAAGAGAAUGCUGAUAACGAUAGAUUUGAUCGACUCACGCGAUCAUCACAGUAUUUUGAUUUUAGAGAACACUGUUUGUUUUGUGGACAGUCAGCGCAAAUGUCAGAUAGAAAAUAUGGAAUAGAAGUAUAUCCAGUGAGAACUUUUGAAUUCCAACAGAAAAUUGAUGCAAUAUGCAAAGACAGAAAAGAUUCAUGGGCUGCUGACGUUUUGGCAAAACUUGAAUAUGCACAAGACUUACCUGCAGCAGAUGCUAUUUACCAUCAGAAAUGUAGCGUCAACUUCAGGACAGGGAAAAAUAUACCAAUUGGUGGAACACCAGAGCAAAAACGAAAAAAGCAAGGUAGACCAGAUCACACUGAAGCAAAUACAGCUUUUCUAAAAACCAUGGAUUACUUGCUAGAAAAUGAAGAAGACCAAUUGACAGUAAAAGACCUCGUUCAUCAAAUGACACAGUUUUGUGGAGAUCUGGCAUACACAACAGUACACAUGAAAUCAAAGAUCAAAACACACUUUGGUGAUGAAGCUUUUAUUACCGACGUCUGUGGAAAACCAAAUGUGGUCACUCUUCGUAAAACGGCAUCUGUUCUUCUGCAAGAAUUUCAUCAGAGUCAAAAAACUUCCGAUCCUGAAACAGAAAAAAGAGAUUAUCAAAACAGUAUCUUCCACUGUCUUGAAAGAUCAUGA